AUGAUACCCAUGCCCGAUGGAAGAUAUACAGCCAACAGGUCAAUUAUCAAACCUAGUGCAUUCAUUCACCUGAAGAAUUUACAUCGGUCUCGACUCUCGACUCUCAAGGGAAGAGGCACAAAUCCUAAUCCAAGAGAAAAUGAAGAUAAGUUGGUAUUUUGUGCUAUACGAGGCAUAAAGCAAGGGGAAGAAUUCACCACAUUUUACAUGGAGCCUAUUGGUACGACUCUAGCUCGUCGAAAGCUAUUGUUAUCCAAGUAUGGAUUCAAAUGCAUGUGCAAAAGUUGCUUGAACAACAAAACCCUCACUGUCAAUAGUGGACUCUCGAAGUAUGCUUCUGUGAUUGUUGCCAAAGAAACUGGCUCUAAAGUUCUCAACAAGCCAACUUUAGAAGAGAUUCAAACCGCGGAAAAGGUCGACAAUUGGUACGAGGAUUUCCGGAGGGAAAGACUAAAGACGAUUGAAUGUAUGAAUUUGAUCAUAUACGGUGAUAUAAUUCGGAAACAAAGCUCCCAAGAGCGACGACAGCUCGUCAUCGAGCGUUUACGGCAGGUUCUUGAGGAUCACCUGAAAGAAAACAACCCGUUUGGAUUGAGUGAUGAGCACAUUACGGGAAAGGAUGAACAGCAGAGUUCGCGAUACACAAAGCUGAUGAGAGCCAUGGCAAACAAAAAAGAGGACCAAAUGCUGAAGAAAAUCAAUGCUGACAACACAUCCUGCGAAGACAAAACGAGUGCGAACCGAGUGCCUCAACUUAUCAGAUUAACAAACCUCCCUAUCUUCUUUGCGCGACAGUACGAAGCAUUGAAGGUUUGGUUGGUUGUCCUCAGUCAAAUUGACAAGCGAGAGACGUCGACACAAGAUGAUACCUCAACUACCACACGCCCUACAACCUUCCAAAUAGGCACCGGGACCUCAAUCUGGUCAUCUCUCCUCCCAGAACUUCUCUCCACAAAUCAUGAACUCAUUAUCGUGACAUGUUUCUGGGCUUCAUCCUCAAGCCAACGAGACAUUCAUCAACUUCUUUUGAAACUAUCAGAACGUGCUGUUCUAGAGCAAAGAAUCAUCCAUAUUCGGAUCUGCUUUUCCUCUAUUUCUCUGUUACAAAAGUUAUUUCAUACUGCGUCACCAGAUGGGUAUUUGUAUCCUUCAUCUCGAUAUCCUUCACUUGGACUUCCAUCAGAGUUGGAAAUACCGGGGUUGGACUUACGUGUCAAGUCUAUAUUCUUUCGAGCAUGUCAUGUUCUGCAUGGGAAAUAUAUUAUACAGGAUACUCGACAGGUUUGGUUCCCAAGUUGUAAUGUAAGCUGGGAGGCAUGGGGUGAGGGGUGUGUUGGAUUCGAAGGAGGAGGGUUGGUGGAUGAUUUGAGGGGAUACUGGGGUAGGAUUUGGGAUGGGGAUGAACGGAUGAGUAUUCCCGGAAUCUCGAGGACACCCGAGCUGGCAGAGAGAAGUCCAGAAGUACCUAUUGAAUUUGGAAACUCAGAUGCACCAUUGUUAGCUUCCAUCAACCUAUCACAUCUAUCACACAACACGGAAACAAUUCUUCUUCCACAUACUCACUCAUUCUAUAAUCCAUUUUCCGUCUUCUUCAACCCGAAUGCAAAGACACCAUCAACACCACUCAAUACAUUCCUCCUAUCACACAUCUCGACUGCCAAAUCAUCAAUUUCAAUCUAUACCCCGAAUCUUACCUAUACUCCAGUCAUCAACGCAUUAUGUGAAGCCAUAGCUAGAGGAGUUGAUGUACGAAUUGUUGUAUCAAGGAAAUUGAUGGUGCUCGAGCAAAUAGUAACAGCCUGCACAAUCACCGAAUGGGAAGUAUGGAAAAUGAAACGUCGAUACAGCAAGCUUGUAUCUCGUUCAUCACGAAGGUCCGACGAUCCUGAAGCAGGAUAUGCAAGGAUAGGAAAUCUAGAGAUUGUUUACUUCAAUCCCGCUCUCGUCAAUGUGAAUGAUUGCAACAAUUCAACGACGAGGAGCGGUGAUCCAGCGGCAAGAGGCAUGGACGACAUUGGAAAGGAGAGUCGGCCAGUCAAGCUCCAUCUUAAGAUGACGAUAAUCGACAACGAUAUUACAGUUCUUGGAAGUGGUAAUAUGGAUCGGGCGAGCUGGGUGACGAGCCAGGAGUUGGGAAUCGCGAUCUUCUCCGAACAGAUGUCUAGAAGAUUGGUCGAAGUAGUGAGGGAUGUUUAUGGAUGA